UCAAAUAUUAAGUAAAAUUAUCAUUAACGACUUUAUGUUAAAGAGAUAAAGUAUAAUCUUUGCGGAAAAACGUUUAUUCCAUUCGGAAUACACAAGUUUUUACGUAAUAAAACCUGACCUUGAGAAACAUUCGCAUGAUCCCGGGUUUUUCCGUUGUCUAGUGUUGAACCAACAGAGAAACCUCGUAAAAACAAAUAAUGUAUAAAAUACGAAAUGUCACUGGCCGGUUUCUAUGCAGACAAACAUUACAGAGGACUGCACCAGUUUGCUGCAGAUGUUUACACAGAGAACCGAUAGAUCAGUCAUGGAAAGAGAAAGCAAAGAAGGAAAUCAAAGGAAAAGAUCCAGAUGAUGUACUGAUGUGGAAGACUCCGGAGGGCAUCAAUGUUAAGCCAGUUUAUACAAAGAAAGAUACAGAACAUGUGGAGAAAGAACUUCCAGGCCUAUUUCCCUACACAAGGGGACCUUAUAGUACAAUGUACACAUACAGACCUUGGACCAUCAGACAGUAUGCAGGAUUCAGUACUGUUGAAGAAAGUAACAAGUUUUACAGAGACAAUAUAGCAGGAGGACAACAAGGUCUAAGUGUGGCAUUUGAUCUUCCUACACACAGAGGUUAUGACUCUGACAAUCCUCGAGUAGUUGGAGAUGUUGGUAUGGCAGGGGUAGCUAUAGAUUCAGUGGAGGAUACUAAGCUAUUGUUUGAGGGAAUCCCUCUCAAUAAGAUAUCUACAUCCAUGACAAUGAAUGGUGCUGUACUACCUGUUAUGGCAAUGUAUAUUGUGGCUGCUGAAGAACAGGGAGUUAAGCAGUCAGAGUUGGCGGGAACAAUACAGAAUGACAUCCUUAAAGAAUUUAUGGUCAGAAAUACUUAUAUAUUCCCUCCAGAACCAUCAAUGAAAAUCAUUGGAGAUAUCUUUAAAUACACAUCAGAGAACAUGCCAAAGUUCAAUUCCAUAUCUAUAUCGGGAUACCACAUGCAGGAAGCUGGAGCAGACGCGGUAUUAGAAAUGGCCUUUACUAUAGCAGAUGGUUUGCAAUACAUAGAAACAGGUUUAAGCAGAGGUCUUGACAUUGAUAAGUUUGCUCCACGUUUGUCAUUUUUCUGGGGAGUUGGAAUGAACUUUUAUAUGGAAAUUGCAAAAAUGAGGGCUGCAAGAAGACUUUGGGCAAAUCUGUUGAAAGAAAAAUUUAACCCAAAGAAUCCGAAGUCUUUAUUGCUACGAACACACUCACAGACUUCAGGAUGGUCAUUAACAGAACAGGAUCCCUAUAACAAUAUAAUAAGGACAUGUGUAGAAGGCAUGGCUGCAGUGUUUGGUGGAACCCAGUCCUUACAUACUAACUCAUUUGAUGAGGCAUUGGGAUUACCUACUCGAUUUAGUGCUAGAAUUGCUAGAAAUACUCAGAUUAUACUACAAGAAGAAUCUGGUAUCACUAAGGUGGCUGAUCCAUGGGGAGGAUCUUACAUGAUGGAAAGUCUGACAGAAGAAAUCUAUGAAGCAGCACUUAAAGUUAUAAAUGAGGUAGAAGAAAUGGGUGGAAUGGCAAAAGCUGUAGCUGCAGGCAUGCCUAAGCUGAGAAUUGAAGAAUGUGCUGCAAAAAGACAAGCUAGAAUUGAUAGUGGUUCAGAGGUGAUUGUUGGUAUAAACAAAUAUAAACUGGCAGAGCAGGGUGAAAUUGAUGUCCUAUGUAUAGAUAAUUCAGUGGUCAAACAAAAACAGAUGGAAAGGUUGACCAGAGUCAGAGAGACCAGAGAUACAAAGAAGGCAGAAGAUAGUUUGGAAGCCAUUACUAAAUGUUGUGAGUCAGGAGAUGGGAACCUAUUAGCCCUGAGUAUAGAUGCUGCAAGGGCCAGAUGUACAGUAGGGGAGAUAACUGAUGCCAUGGAAAAGAUAUAUGGGAGACAUGUAGCUAGUGACAGAAUGGUCAGUGGUGCUUAUAAAUCAGAGUAUGGUGACACUGAUGAUAUCUCUAAAGUUAUUAAAAGGGUAGAGCAAUUCGCAGAAAAUGAAGGAAGAAGACCUAGAAUAUUGGUUGCUAAGGUUGGACAGGAUGGCCAUGACAGAGGUGGCAAGGUCAUAGCCACAGGAUUUGCUGACCUUGGCUUUGAUGUUGAUAUUGGUCCAUUGUUUGCUACCCCAGAAGAAGCAGCACAACAGGCUGUUGAUGCUGAUGUACAUGUAGUAGGAAUAAGUUCUCUUGCUGCUGGUCAUAAGACUCUUAUUCCUGAUCUAGUCAAACAGCUGAAACAGAUGGGAAGACCGGAUAUAUUGAUAGUAGCAGGAGGUGUAAUUCCUCCUCAAGACUAUGAUUUCCUGUAUAAUGCAGGAGUAUCAGCCAUCUUUGGCCCAGGAACCAGAAUACCAGAUGCUGCUGAAAAUGUGAUUGACAUGCUGGAAAAUGGUGGUCAAAAGAACAAAAAGCAAACAUCAUAAAAAAGCUUUGUUCUUAAAAGACUAGUUCAGACAACAUUAACUUUAAACCUGCAUUUCCUUGACAGAAGAAGAAAAAAUCUCCAUUCAACAUAAUUGUUUAUGGAAAUAGAAAAAAAGCCUGUUGAAUGAAAUAUAUUUUUUUCUCAAGAUAUUUGUAGUAAGAAACUUACAGCUUUGUUAUACAACAAGUAUGGAUUGUUUGUAUGUUUUAAAUGGGAUGGAAAUAAAACAUAGACACUGUGUUAUGAUAGUAAAACAUAUAUUGCUAGCAUCUCAUUAUUUUCAAGAUUUUUGUUAACACUUAUUAAAAAUUGUAUAACUUUGGAAUAAGUGUUCACUAUGAUUAAGUGGGGAAGUAUAGGAACUAUAUCAGAAGUCAGAGGUGAUUGUUUAGAAGAUCUAUCUAUUUUACUCUAUAUCCAAUUAUAAGACAUUUUGUAACCUGUUCUCUUUGGCCAUGCUCCAAGAUGGGUUAGCAUUGUUGUAUCUCCUUUCUUUUGAAAUUAGUUAAUCAUGGUUCAACAGUCAUAGUUGAAUUUUUUACUAUAUUGUUAUUUAUAUGUUUAUAUGUGUUUGUGCUUAUGAAGCUUUCAUAAUAAUUCCAGUGUGUAACUGAUGUCCUAAAACUCCAUUAAAUUAUAAUAAUAGUCAUGAAUGGAUACCCCAUAUCCUUUCUUUUCUAUUGUAGGACAACUGUAUGCAAAAUAGGAAUAAAUUGCUGGUUAAGUUGUUUUUUAUAUGAUUUGAAAUUUACUUAUAAAUGAGUAUAAACAUUUUUAUGUUCAAAGUUGUAUAUCUUAGGAAUGUGAUAUUGAUGACAUGUGUUGUUUAUUCUACACUAAAUGUUUUCUUAUUCAAGCUAUAUAGCUUUGACCAUAAAAUUGUGUUUUACUAUAAUUACAUGUGUAUGUGAUAUUAAAUGCUUUGUAUCAAA